AUGGAAGCCAGAGAAUCGACAACAGAUGGCGUUACUGCUGAUUGGCUGAUAACGCCACCUGUUAUCAUUUCUCUGAUAGAAGCACUACUAGACCAUGAGCUUUCAAAUUAUCCUGCUUGGUAUCCGUUGGAUUGGUACAAUGAACGGAAAUACUUUUGGAUCGUCUAUUGCUACCAAGUGGUGGGCAUAUGCUACGAAGCAAAUGCCGUUGUUAUACUGGAAAUGUUUGUCAUCUAUCUGUUGAUUGUUGCUGGUGCUCAUUUGGAUAUUUUAGCGAUGAGAUUGUCUAAAUUGGGUGAAUCUGCACAGGACCCAACAAAUAUCCGCAGUCAUGAGCAUGAUCUAAUUCAGAGCAUUGACGUACAUAACGAGAUUCUAACGUUCCAGCAAUCCGUCGAACGAACGUUUUCGAUUCCACUUUUUGUUCAGUUCAUCAUCAGCGGAAUAAUUUUGUGCAUUACCAGUUUUCAAAUUGCCAUCGUAAGUUUCUCGAUAAAACCUUCUGAGGAUAUCGUCAACCUAAUUUUCUACUUGAGCUUCACCAUAGUCAUAACAUUGGAAAUAUUUCUACCCUGCUACUUUGGAACAGAAAAUAUCAUCAGAAGUAACUACCUCACCACAGCCGUAUAUUCCUCCAACUGGACGGCAUUGUCUAAUCCGUCGAAAAAGAUUAUGGUCACUCUAAUGGAAGGAUUGAGGAAACCGAAAAUCCUGUUGAGUGGAAAAUUGUUCAGCUUGACGUUGAGUACGUUUCUGGUGGUGAAUUAG